CUGAUAUGUUGACUGAACAACCCGCGCCAUCUUGUUGUGACUCCUCUACGUGCGUGGAAGAGUGACUUCAAGGGGGAUCCAGUCACGUCUUUCCUUUUAUUUUAUUAUUUUUUUUUUAUAGACGAGAAGAUUGGAUCCCGAGCAGAAGCAUUCGAAUCUAUCUAUUUAGCAUUUUUUAGUCAUUUCUCCAAUCGUUUUUGGACCAUAACAAGAAACAGAGAUGAGUAUCGAGACGCUUUUAGAGGCGGCGAAGUUUUUGGAAUUGCAAGCCCUGCAACAACAGAAAGCACGUGAAGAGAAUGAGCUUCAGGAAAGACGGCGUCGUGAGCAGGAGGCGGAGAAGCGGAGAGCAGAAGUUAACUCUUACACUCAGCCCAUUCGAAUGAACCAUGUGACCUGGGUGGAGGAGUCCGGCCCUGAACAUCGCCACAUACCUGCCCCGGCUCAGCCUCCUCCCCCUCCCCCCACCAUGCCCAUCACGGUCAUCCCCAUCCCGGUGGUGUCCUCCACUCCACCCGCUCUGCCCCCGCCCCCUACCACAGCUCUCAGCCCGUCGGCAGCGCCCCGCCUCACGCCACCAAGAAAAGACACCUACUCGCUGCCAAACCAGCAGGCACUGCACCAGCGCCCCCUCAUCUCGUCUCCGGUGAAGGCAGAGCCCACAUCACUGUCUCAGUCCAAUGGCACCAAACCAGCCCAGCAGCUCCAGACCUUCCCGGGCCCCAUUGUCACAGCUUCCCAGCAUGCACUUCUCCCUCAGCAUGGACCUCCCUCAGCCCAACCCAGCCCUGCGGUCAGAGGCAGCCCGCCUGAUGACCACCGUAAUUUGGACGGCAAGAAGAGACCUGGAGGGGCAGGAACGAGAGAAGUGCACAAUAAGCUUGAAAAAAACAGACGUGCUCACUUAAAGGAGUGUUUCGAGACCCUGAAGAAGAACAUCCCUAAUGUUGAUGAAAAGAAGACGUCCAAUCUGAGCGUUCUGAGAAGUGCUUUGAGAUACAUUCAGACUCUGAAGAGGAAGGAGAAGGACUACGAGCAUGAGAUGGAGCGUUUGGCGCGGGAGAAGAUCGCCUUGCAGCAGAGACUGGCCGAGCUUAAGAACGAGCUGAGCCAGCGGUUGGACGUGAUUGAGAUCGACCGUGUUCUUCGACAGACCGUCCAGCCAGAUGAUGACCAGGCCUCUACCUCCACUGCCUCAGAAGGUGAAGACAACAUUGAUGACGAUAUCGAAGACGAGAUGCCCAGCGCCUUACCCAAAGUGCCUGCUGUGCUUCAGCCAGAUUUAAAGAAGUCCCGUCCCGUGUCAUCCCUCAUAACACAGCACAUCCCCAUCCCUCACAAACCUUCGAAGACUUUACCCCCCAUUUCCUCACCUCAACUCUCCCCCAUCGCCGCCACUCCAAUCACAACUCCCGCUCUGACCUCAACCCCAGCACGGGCUCCUAACGGCCCUGCAUCCGCUCCUGCCGCCCAGGUUGUGACCCCACAGACACUACCUCCAGCCCAGACCCAUAUAGUGACCGCGGCCAGCCUACAGCCUUCCGUCAUCGCCCACGCGGGAACGGCGUCACAUGCUUCCGUCAUCCAAACCGUCAACCGUGUGAUCCAGCCGGGCUCCAAGCACGUGGCCCACAUCGCUCCUUCCUCCUCAAGCUCGGUGCAGCUGGCCCCAGGACCUCAAUCCAUUAGCCACAUCACUGUUGCCCAUCUUCCGGCAAUCUACCCACAGCCCGUCACAGUCACACAGCCGGCGGUCAUGAGCCACAUCGCGCAAACGCUCUCUCACAGCCAGAUGAACGGCACUUCGGUGACCAACGCACAAGCCAAGCAGACACCAGUGGGUGCUCAGAUGGUUACCCAUCACCCUCAACUGGUGGGCCAGACCGUCCUCAACCCAGUCACAAUGGUGACCAUGCCCUCCUUCCCAGUCAGCACGCUAAAGCUGGCCUGAAGCGCUGACAUACGGACCCCCAGAUAGAGUAUAUACACUUAUAGACUGGUCUGCCCCGUUUGAGACUGCCGCUACAUGCAGCACUGAAUUCAAACAAACUAUAAAGCUAUAGGACUCAGUACAUUCCAAAUGAAAAGAAAGUAUAUAAAGACAACACAAAGAAAUUUAUUGAAUGUCUACUAUAUAGUGAUAUAUAAUAAAAGACAAAAAGAGAUGUUUUAUCUUUAUGUGUGGGCAAAGGCAAAGUCUAGAGUGCUUGUGUGCUGCUCAGUGUGUUUUAGGCUCUAGUGGAGUGUAUUAUGAUGAAACUGUGGUGCGAUCUCAGCCAGCCUAAUAUGUGUGACUACUAGUGUAAAUGACUUAAUGAAAAGGCAGCCCCCGUAAUACCUCACACUAACUCCUCAACUAACAGCACACCUCAUGUGAAAGCUCUUCUCAGCUCCCACUAGACCAGGUUUAAUGUACUGUGUCGAAUCCUGAACCAGUUCUUGAAGUCCCUACAGUUCUUAAAGAGAGAGUUUUGUCGUUCCAACCUGUAUGACUUUCUUUUUCCUGCAAAACAUGAACAUGAACUGUUUUGUCAGUACAAUAAGAGUCAGUGGGGUUCAAAACCCUGUCCCUGUUGUCUGGACAAAAUAAAAAAACACUUCAAAAUAGCUUCUUUUUGUGUUCUGCAGAAUAAAGAAAGUCUUAAAAGUCCGGAACGACUUGAUGAGAAUAGUGUGUUUUUUUUUUUUUUUGUUUUUGUGAACUGUCGCUUUAAAAUCAAUUUACCUGGUCAGUUUGGUGUCAUAUUUUACCACUAUAGUUGACGCAAGAUGUAGCAUCAUCAUUGCACUGGAGAAAUGAUUUUCUUAAUCGUUUUUGGGGUUUUUCAAAUAUUUAUAAAUUCUUAAAGCAAGAUACAUUUACUUGAGAAGGAAUAUGAAUUAAGAUAUUAAAUGUAUCAAAAUUAAGCGAGAUUAUGCUAACCCUAAACAAGAAAAAAAAAUUGUUUCCCUUCCAAUAAAGCUUCUUUCUUGCCUCACAUAAGCAUAAACUCACUGAACUUUGAUACUUUUAUUUAGAAAACAAAACUUAAUAUAUCAAGUCGUUUUGUUUUGCUAUUGUAUGAAUGUGUUGAUUUGAAAAAAGUUAGGUUUUUAUUGGAAAUCGAGACAAAUACUGAAUAAGAAAAUCAUUUUUGCAGUGUACAGUAGUCAAUCAUGAAGUUGAUUUGUACAUUUAGACACCAGGAGCGUAUGUGAGAUGUUUCUAUUAGAAAAUAUCUUUUUACAGAGUUUACAUGAUUUAUCUGUAGUGCUCUAGCUGGCAUAGACACUAUUGUUGUGUGUGUGACUGUCACGUGAGUCAUGGGAAUCUGACAGGAGUGCCUUUAACAUUGUCAAUCUGGAGUCCUGUUCAAUGCUGCACAGACGCCCCCUAUUGUUCCCUCGCUGCACCUGCACUCUUUAAGUUAUUCACUAACAGAGCCACCUACUUAAAUCCAGCUCAGUGGUGUAUGAACCAUAUUAAAUAGCCAUUAGUUUGCAACAGCGCAAACAUUGUUCUGGAUGUCAUUGCGAAUGUAUUCCAACACAUUCAAUGCCUUCAUCUUGCCACUGGUGAUAAAUGUUGGUUAUUAGAUGUGCAGGAAAUAACUGCAUGGUUCAUUUUUCAUGUAGCAGUGUUAAAAUUACAUGCAUUUGUGUGUUUGUGUAGUGAAUGCAUUCCUCAGAGGCUUUGUUUGUUAUGUUUUAGUGACUAAUAAUGUUGCAGUUGGAAGGUGGAUUGAUCUUUUAGGCUUCAGGACAGUUGUGAAGGAUUCAUGGAUGGGAAGAUGUCUGUAUUGAGCCACACUGACCGCUACACGGUUCUGCAGGGUGAGCACAGCCUGCAUGUACAAAGAGAUUUGAUUUCAAAUUAACACUGUGAUCCCUGUCGGUUUUCCCAUGUAAGAGCAAGCCAGGUUUACCAAUCACACUAGCAUUAUGUUGCGCAAGAGUCCCUGCAUUUGUUUUGCUUCUGUAAGCGUGUGAGAGAAAACGCAUUGAAUUUUUUUAUUUUGGUUGUCAGGUUUUAGUUUUGUGUAUUCACACUAGGAUGUAUACAUUCUUAGACUAAUUGAUGUGGCUGUUUUCGCAUGUAGAUGGAUGAUUCUUGUUUCAGUGCUAACGUUUUAAAAUAUUUUUUUUUUUCAGUUUAUGGGACCAUGUACAGAUAUAUAUAUAUAUAUAUGUUGGGGCAACUUUUCAGACCUCUUUCCACACUGAUAUUAUAUAUAUAUAUGCGUAUAUAUAGAGUGUGUUUUCCCUAUGGAGAAAGUUCAUAUUGUAUAUAGCCUGUAAAUUUGGGGCUGCAUAUAGACCUAACUGUCCAUUAUGUUGUAAGAGGAGCAAAAAAUAAAUAAAAGAACAAAUGUUGAAUAAAAAAUAAAUCUUGAUACAUUUA